CCCCCCCACCCCAACGGCGCGAGCUGGGGCAGCGUGGGAGCUGUCAGCGCCGGGAGCGGGUGAUGAAACAUUUACCAGACACCUGUUAGCUGGAUGUUUAACCCUGCUAGCCAGAGCUAGAUACAGAAGGACUGUCUCCAGAAGCAAAAUACAGGAGAAAUGCCCUGAUGAAAAGGCACAACUUUCUGUAAUGGAAGAUGGAAGACAAAGGAGCUCGUGUUGCUGACUACUUUGUUGUAGCAGGCCUGACGGAUACUUCAAAACCACUGGAAGAAGAAAUUCACUUCAAUGAUGCUUGCCAUAAAAUUGCUAAACCAAAAGAACCUAUCACUGAUGUGACCGUAAUUAUUAAAUCUCUGGGGGAGGAAGUGCCUCAGGGAUACAAAUGCAUAGAUGUUACACCAUCAGGACUAUCGGCAGAUCUCAAUAACGGGAGUCUUGUGGGGCCACAGAUAUACCUUUGUUACCGGAGAGGAAGGGACAAGCCCCCGCUUACUGAUCUUGGGGUAUUAUAUGAUGGGAAAGAGAGAGUAAAACAGGGCUGUGAAAUCAUUCAAGCCACUCCAUAUGGUCGUCCUGCUAACAUUAGUGGCGGUGCUUCAUCACAAAGAGUGUAUAUUACCUAUCGAAGAGCAUCAGAAAACAUGAUCCAGAAUAUGUUGGCUGUCACAGAUAUAUGCAUAAUUAUACCAAGUAAAGGAGAAACCCCUCCACAUACGUUUUGCAGAGUUGAUAAGAAUCUCAAUAGCAGUAUGUGGGGCUCAGCAGUAUACUUAUGUUAUAAAAAGUCCGUGGCAAAAACUAAUACCAUAUCAUAUAAAGCUGGUUUAAUUUGCCGGUACCCUGAAGAAGACUAUGAGUCCUUCCCAUUACCAGAAUCUGUGCCUCUCUUUUGCUUACCCAUGGGUGCAACGAUUGAAUGCUGGCCUCCUAAUAGCAAAUACCCACUUCCUGUAUUUUCUACAUUUGUAUUAACUGGAGCUUCAGCAGCAAAGGUAUAUGGUGCUGCUAUUCAGUUCUAUGAAGCAUAUCCUGAGGAGAAUCUCACAGAAAAACAGAAAUCUCAGUUGGGGUUAAUGACGACUGGAGAUGGGAAGCUGGAUAGCUCCAAAACAGUUCAGACUAACAAAUGUAUAUGUCUUCUUUCUCAUUGGCCUUUUUUUGAUGCUUUCAAGAAGUUUCUAAUGUUCCUAUAUCGUUAUUCCAUCUCUGGCCCACAUGUCUUGCCUAUUGAGAAACACAUUUCCCAUUUUAUGCACAAAGUUCCUUUUCCAUCCCCUCAGAGACCCAGAAUUUUAGUUCAGCUAUCACCCCACGAUAACCUGAUUCUUAGUCAGCCUGUAUCAUCACCUCUACCACUAAGUGGUGGCAAGUUUUCUACGCUGCUUCAGAACCUAGGACCCGAGAAUGCAGUGACGCUGCUCGUAUUUGCUGUAACGGAACAUAAAAUUCUCAUCCAUUCCUUACGCCCUUCAGUCCUUACUAGUGUGACAGAGGCGUUAGUCUCCAUGAUAUUUCCUUUCCACUGGCCAUGUCCGUACAUUCCACUUUGCCCCUUGGCAUUGGCAGAUGUGUUAAGCGCACCAUGUCCAUUCAUAGUAGGAAUUGAUUCAAGAUACUUUGACCUCUAUGACCCUCCACCAGAUGUUAGCUGUGUGGACUUAGAUACCAACACCAUUUCUCAAACUGGAGAUAAAAAAACUGUUGCCUGGAAGAUCUUACCAAAGAAACCAUGCAAAAAUCUGAUGAACACUUUAAAUAACUUGUAUCAACAGCUGGCAGAAUUGCAGCAAAGACCAAGAGAAGAUGCAUUAAUGGAGUUAGCAAUGAAUGACUAUGAUUUUAAUUCCGGCAAGAAGUUGCAUUUGUUAGAUUUAGAGAUCCAGGAGGCAUUUCUGUGUUUCAUGGCCUCAAUAUUAAAGGGUUAUAGGUCAUACCUAAGGCCAAUAACGCAAGCACCUUCUGAGACCGCCACAGACGCAAGUUCCCUCUUUGAACUGCAAGGAUUCUUAAAAAGUCGAGAUCGGUCGCAUCAGAAGUUCUACACAUUGAUGACCAAAACCCAGAUGUUCAUUCGCUUCAUUGAAGAGUGUUCUUUUGUCAGCGAUAAGGAUGCAAGUCUCGCAUUUUUUGAUGAUUGCGUAGCUAAAGUAGACAUGGACAAGACUGGUGAAACACGCCUGAUAGAGCUGGAUGAGUCUUACAAGAGUGAACACACAGUGUUUAUAACGCCACCUGAGAUCCCUCACCUACCCAAUGGGGAAGAACACCCUUUGCAGUACAGCUAUAAUGAAUUCCCUGUGCUGAAACUAGAUUUAUUUGACCGAUUUGAAGGAUUCCUGACCACACCAAAUAACAAACUGUCCUCAAAAGCCAGUAGUCCCAAUAGCCCGUCACCAAUGUUCAGGAGAACAAAACAGGAAAUAAAGUCAGCUCAUAAGAUUGCUAAGAGGUACUCCUCCAUCCCUCAAAUGUGGUCCAGGUGCCUGCUGCGUCAUUGCUAUGGGCUGUGGUUUAUCUGCCUUCCGGCAUAUGUGAAGGUGUGCCAUUCAAAAGUCAGGGCUCUGAGGACUGCAUAUGAUGUGCUACGAAAAAUGCAUACCAAAAAGAUAGACCCACCUGAUGAGGUGUGUUACCGGGUGCUUAUGCAACUUUGUGGACAGUAUGGCCAGCCAGUGCUUGCAGUGCGAGUCCUUUUUGAAAUGAAAAAAGCUGGAGUUGAUCCUAAUGCUAUUACCUAUGGUUACUAUAAUAAGGCUGUUUUGGAAAGCACUUGGCCUUCGAGCAAUAGAGGUGGUUAUUUCCUAUGGAUGAAGAUACGAAAUGUUGUAUUAGGCAUUGCACAAUUUAAAAGAGCUCUGAAAAAGCUACCUGCAAAUAUACCACAUGCUUCUCUGUCUGGGGGAGUUUCAGAUCUUGGAAGUAACUCAUCGUCUAAAGAAGAAGUUAGGCAAGGGAAACCCUCUGUUGAAGAUAACCAAGAACAAAAAGAGGACAAGAAAGAGAGUGAUUCCAGCUCGUUAUCUGAGGCAGAGAGUGCAAAAGGAAGCGGCGACUGCCUUCCUAAGCUAAAUUAUCAAAAUUCCAGUAGUGCAAAACCUGCUUCCAGCAUAGUGCGGCUCAGUGGUCCCAUUGACAAGUCUGACAGCAUGCCAGGAGAAAUGGGCACUGAAACCUCAGCAGGGUUGUUGUUCAGAUCCUCUUUUGAAGAUACCAACGGAGCAGAAAUUAUCCACAGUAAAACCUUAAGAAAGAGACAUAAAAGUGCAGUGGAAUCUGACCUAAAACAGAUGGCAUGGGCAAGCAGGAACCGCAACCUGAGUGGAGAUGCCCUCAUGGGGCUCAUGAUCAACAGGAUUAAUCAGGAAGCAAGCGCUGGAGAGAUUGUUGAAAAAUUAGGAGCUGAUGCAAAAAUCCUAUCCAAUGUGUUCCAGAAAAGCAUAAGGCCAAAUACCCUCGACAUCAGGAAGUCAUCAUUAGGCUCCGAGAGAGAGAGUCUGGAGAAGGAAUCCAGUGAUGAGGAUGCACCUUUUGAUGGCAGUUUCAUAGACAAAACGGAGUCUCCCGUUAUCUUUGAUCUAGAAGACUUGGAUGCUGAACCUGAGCCUAAAACAGUAAAAUCUUCUAUUGAGAAACUAAAGAGGCUGCAACGGAACAGUAGCUUUCCAGUUAAGCCAAUUGAAAAAACAGAUGUUGAAACUGGAUUUGAUCCUCUAUCCCUGCUGGUGGCUGAGACAGAGCAGCAGAAAGAGGAGGAUGAGGAAGACGAUGACAGAAGUGUUUCAACCCCAUCUGCGAGGCGAGAUUUAGCUGAAGAAAUAGUAAUGUACAUGAAUAACAUGAGCAGCCCGUUGACAAGCCGCACACCAAGCAUUGACUUGCAAAAGACUUAUGAGGACAAAACUACUAGUAAGAAGAGUCCCACGGCAGCCCAGCCUUGCAGAAGAUCCAGCCUUCCCCAGAACUCCCCCAGGCCAAGUCUUACCAAAUCCAGGAGUUAUCAUCCUAAACAUGAAGCACGGGCAAGGGACAGGCUCUGGUCCUCUCCAGCUUAUUCUCCAAACAGUCCAGCAAGGGAACAGUCUCAGGAUAUGGCUGGCACUUUAGCUCUAGUAUCUUCACCCUCCUUCAACUUGGAUACACUCUUAACCCCCACAUUUGAUGUUCUAAAAAGCAGCAUGUUUUCUGCUGGGAAGGGGGUUGCGGAGAAGGCUAGCAAGUGGUAUUCCAAGUUUGCUAUGUAUGCUGCAUCCUCCAAGGAUCAAAAUUCAGACCGAGCAAGUGUUUCAUCUCUUGGAGCCCUGGAUUCAGAAUCUACCUCUCUAACUGAUGAAGACGUCUGCAAUGACUUAGAAGGUGCUUCUCCUCCUCAAGAGAAUAAUGUCACUUCAGAAAUUAAGGGAAUGGGUCUCAGUAGAACAAGCCUAGAAAGCUCAGCUUCCCAUGAUGGCUCAUCCAAGCAGUUUGAUCAGUCUGGCUCCCUGUCGAAGUUCCCCUUGCCUGACAAAUCGGAGCUGAUAUCUUCCUGCAGCACAAGCAGCACCAGCGUGUUCCAGAACUAUGCUAUGGAGGUCCUCAUCUCAAGCUGUUCGCGCUGUCGAACCUGUGACUGUCUGGUUCAUGAUGAAGAAAUCAUGGCAGGUUGGACAGCCGAUGACUCGAAUCUCAAUACCACAUGUCCCUUCUGUGGUAAUCUGUUCCUGCCCUUCUUGAGCAUAGAAAUCAGAGAUCUCCGACGACCCGGACGAUACUUUCUGAAGUCCAGUCCAUCUAUAGAGAAUAUGCAACUGCUACCACCAUUUUCAAAUCCACCAAGAAAGGCCUGUAACUCUUCUGCCACUGCUGGUCCUGCUAUAUCUGUGGUGUCCAUUCAAGAUGAUGAUAACACAAAUUGCAAAUCUGAAGAGCAAGACAAUACCUGUGCUAGAAGCAUCCAGAUCCCUUCAGGAAGAAGGCAAAAUCCCGCAGGACCAGAAUGUCCAAACCACCCUGUAGCACGAAGUAUCAGCACUUACGGUCCACUGGAAGAAGAUGAGAAGAAGAACCGGAAACUCAGUCACCUUAUUCCCACUGGCAGCCUGCCUGCCACUUUGCAAGGAACAGAUCCCCUGGCGCUAGAAUGGCACUUACCCAGUCCAGACCCUAUAACCGUUCCUUACCUGAGUCCUUUAGUGGUAUGGAAGGAGCUUGAAAGCUUACUUGAAAAUGAAGGAGACCGUGCGAUAACAGUGCCAGAUUUUGUAGACCAUCAUCCUAUCGUGUUUUGGAAUCUGGUGUGGUACUUCAGGCGGCUGGACCUCCCUAGUAAUUUACCAGGAUUAAUUCUUUCUUCUGAACACUGUAAUAAAAACUCAAAGAUUCCACGGAAUUGCAUGUCGGAGGACAGUAAGUAUGUUCUCAUUCAGAUGCUGUGGGACAACAUGAAGCUGCACCAGGACCCGAGGCAGCCCCUGUAUAUUCUGUGGAACGCCCAGAGUCAAAAUCGCACUCUUUUGUUUGAGACCCAGAAGUAUCCAGUAGUCCGUUUACUGCAGAAAGAUGAUGACUCCUUCAAUCAGGAGCUCUUGAGAAGCAUGGUGAAAAGUAUCAAGAUGAAUGAUGUCUAUGGGCCUAUGAGUCAAAUCCUGGAGAGACUGAACAAAUGGCCACACAUUAAAAGGCAGAGGAGCCUGUAUAGAGAGAUAUUAUUUCUUUCCCUUGUUGCUCUAGGAAGAGAUAACAUCGAUAUAGAUGCUUUUGAUAGAGAAUAUAAAAUGGCCUAUGAUCGUCUCACAGCAAAUCAGGUCAAAAAUACUCAUAACUGUGACAGACCACCAAGCACUGGAGUGAUGGAGUGCCGGAAGAUUUUUGGAGAACCAUACCUUUAAAUAAGAAGUUGCAAUGUGAUGCAGUUAUGUAAAAUGCCACUUGGGUCACAAAGAUCAUCUCUCGGUCAUUGGUGUUCAAAAAUGUUUCCAAUGUUACCAUGGCAGAAGGCCCUGGAGAAAUUAAGCCUGUAGACAGUUACAGAAAUGGCUGUGGGGUGAGGAACGUGCCAAAAACCGUUUCCCUGUUCCUUCUCUGCUCUGCUGAUCACUUAGUGAAGUGGGGGACCCCGACCUAAAUUAAAUUCUUAAUGAGGAACAACCCUUAACAGUCCUUUGAGAACUUUUGGGAAAGACAGGCAAAAAUAAUGCACUGAAACAAGCAUGAGCAAAGUAAAUCCUGCAAAAUCUCUUGUUUACAUAGCAUAUUGGCAAUGUGGUGAAAAGCAGACAGAGCUGUAUUAUAUAGACUGGUCAUUGUGUAUAGCAAACUGAUAUUUUUUUAAUUUUUUUUAAUUACUAUAGUGAAUUUUAAAGGAACUUAUUGCAUAAGCAAUACAGUGCUCUUUUGUUUCCUCUCAGUACGCUGCUGUUCAUAGUAACUCAUCCUGUUAGUUUUUGAAGUCAUUUGUUUUCAAAGUAGUCUAAAAUUUCAACACCACCCUAGAGAGCACUCUGGGGUCAAUAUUUCUCUUGUGCACAUACAAAAGGAUGUACUACCACUGCAGUCAGAUGAAGUGUGGCAAAUGUGUGUGAAGUGAUGGUAACUAGCACACUGCUGGCUUUGUAAAAGAAGGUUUUUCUGUAGAGAUCCCACGCCGAAUUCUGCAGAGAUCCCAUCCACACAUGGAAGGAUCCCAUGAUGUAUUUUGUGGGCAUCCAACACUACUUAGCUGUCAGCUAAGAUAUAUAUAUAUAUAUGUAUAUACAGAUAUAUAUGACAAGGUGUAUGGUACAUAACUUACAAAACUAUCUCCAUAUAAUAUGUACAGUACCACCUGUGUAGGUGUGUUUGAAAUGCCCUAAGUACAGCACUUGGUUCAUGCUUGUCCAAAGUUCCUUUUCUUUUUUUAAUCAGAAACUAGAUAUGAUAAGUAUGCCGCAUAAGAUCCAUAGGGAAUGUAAUCUACUAGGGUAUAUUGUAUAUAAUUAGAUGUAUUUGGAAUGUCUGAUUGUUUUAUUUCACAGGCCACAUAGUACAACACAGUAACUCGUGUAAAGAAGAAUGAUGCUGCAUAACUCCCCACCCUGGAGUCAUAGCUUCUGACACAUGCUUUAAAGGUCUAGAAUUUCAGAACAUGUUACAUUCCCUCUCUCUCUCUCUCAUGCAUAGUGCAGUUCUACACAUUCAAAAGUGGGAUACAUAAAUAAGGUCUCAUAGGUCCUAUAUGUUAGUACCUUUCCUCACCUCUUCCCAUGGUGGAAGUGGAACCUUAAGUCUGAGAGAUGGAUGCUACUGAAUUAGAUGAGAACAUCCUGUAUUUUCUUGCAUGCCACAUGUACUGUUCCCCCUCAUGAUCAGUCCCUUAAAUUGGGGUGUGCGUAUUAAGUGGGGAAGCUGCUGGAAGGAAGCAAGUCUGGAGACACUAUGUAUGUCAUGCAGGUCUACACGUGAUCAUCAGCUGCAUCGCUAUAGCUGGCACUCCCCCCAUAUAGCACGCCACUAUGGUGACAUAGUGGCAAAAUCUAACCAUGUGCCGCGUGCACAGUGCAGUAACGGCCUGUGACGUGUAGAUGCACUCUGUGUCACACAACCGACCGUGGGUCUGGAAAUUUUUUCUUGCAUUCCGCCUUCUAUAAACAGGAUGCGUCUUUUAUUUGAGGCACGUUGUAUGCAAGAAAAUACAGUACUUAUCUGCUUUGAUCCUAUUGCUUUGCUUUCAGUUUGGGGUUUGUGUGUACUUGUGUUAUGGUAAUCCUGGUUGUUUACACUUAACAAAAUUAAUACCCACUUCUGUUUAUAGUAUCUUAAUUUAUUCCCAUUAGUUUUUAGGCUGGGUUUGCUUGCCUACAGUUACUUCUAAGCUUCUCUAGUUUACGCGAGCUGUCGUACAGCAGUAUUGAACUGGAAAGGCUCUACCUCCAUGUGCUUGCUUCCCUUUGUGCAGCUCCAAACACUCUCACUGAUUAGACUGGAACACUUGAGGGUCCAUCGUAUUCCCACUGAAGCAAAUUGUAAAAUGUUCAUUGACUUCAUUAUUAUUAAGUGGAAGUAAGAUCAGGCCUUGAGGCGUUGACGCGAAGUGUUGCUGCUGUUGCGCACCAAAAAAAGCCAACAGCAUCCUGGGUUGUAUUAAAAACUACAACACUUGCAAAUCAAGGAAGUGAUUCUACUAUUCAGUGCUGGUGAGGCCUUAGUCCUGUGUCCCAUUUUGGGCCCCCAGCUCAAGAAGGACUAAGGGCCUGGGAAGGAGGACUUACAAGGAAAAGCUGAAAGAGGUAGGGUUAUUUAGUCUGGGGAAGAGAAGACCUAGGCAGGAUUUGGUAAGCCUUCAAAUUCCUGAAGGGCGAUUACAGAGAGGAUGGAGAUGAGCUUGUCUCGGUGAGUGUAGCAGACAGUGGCAUCGCACAGGAAGGUUUUAGAAUUUGUAGCACAGCAGUUUGAUGCUACAAGCAGGAUUCAUCUCGACUCAAGUACAGUCCUGUUGGCUACACCUUUCCUGGAGUAAUACCUCUUCUUUGACAUGCUGCUAAAUAGGAAGCUAGCUGAGCUCAGAUUGUUCUUUGUUUGAGGUACAGCUAAUAAUAUCACAUUGUCAUCUGUUUAUCUGAGGAUGCUUUAUUUUGCAGUUCCCACUUCUUUAAAAUGUUCUUCCCUCAUGUGGCGUAGCUACUGUGUAAUCACCCAGCUCCACAAUAACUCCCUCGGUAUGCGGUAAAUACACGCUCACUUCAUUCUUCUCAACCCAUGUGCUGAAUCCACAGUAACUGCUUUCACACCUACUGGCUGUAAGUACCCAGUAACGUGCAUGCCUGUGCUGCAGCUUGCAGUGGCUACAUCGUACUUGCCAAGUAAAAGGUGCAUACAAUAGUUGUCUUGUUGGUGCAUGAUUGCCCUCUCGUUGUGCUGUGCGGAAGUGUCCACAGCCCUUCUUGAUCCCAUUUUGUUCUGCACUUACUACUACUUGAGCCAGUGUUUUAUAACUAUAAUACCUGAUCCUUUAUACCUGAUAGCUAUGAAGGAGGAUAGGUUGUUUCCUCCAGAGCCACCACUGAUUGGUGUUGCAGGGAUGUGUAGACAGCUGCAAGGCGGGCUCCACCCCUUCACAUUUUAGACUGGCUCAAGUCUAGUCCCAGAGCCAAGUCUGUCUUGCUGGUUCCUUCUGCAGCAGCUGGGCACUUGUGCUGACACGGGAAUACAUCGGCAUUUCCCAUUCAUGUUUGGUCUUCCCCUUUUGGCCCAGCACAUGAGUACUAUCUACCACCUUCGUUUUAGAAGCCCAGACAAGUCUGCCAGCUUGUGCAGAUCUGAGGGGUGCUAUCAGGAUUGCUAAGAGCACACACCAUAGCAUGAGGAACGGUCUGUGAAAUUUUAUUUUGGGUGAGCAACUCAAAGUGUGCCGGCCCCUUCUGCUUGCAUCUCAGACACCUGGCUGAUGCUCAUUUUGUGCAGGCUCUAAGCAAAUGCCUUGUUGGACUUUCCUUUAUCAAGUGAAAUCAUUACGCUUACCUUUGGAAUAAUCCUUUCACAGCCCGCUGCAAGGCAUCCCGCUGCAGAAACACAUACGAGUCCAUUGGCAAUACUAACCUACUUGUAGAUAAAUGGGAAGCUGUUACACCUUGGGGUAGGUCCUGGAAGGCAGAAGGUUUUUAAGCAUCAUACAAUCCAAUAUUGAAAUAAUUUUCAAACCUCAGUUUUUUAUUGAAAAGAAAUCAGUUUGAUUCUAUUUUCCAGUACUCCAAGGAUGAAUAAAUGAGAAUAUUUGAAACAUGUAUUUUCUAUUUAAAAUUUUGUACACUGUCAAACCCUUUUCUUCUGUAUAAUGAACAGUGUUUCUUUCCAAUAACUUUAAACGGGUUUUUACAUUUGCAGUGCAAUAUACUUGCAUUUUUCCUGGAUUGCACUGUAGCAGCAGAGGGAAAACCGGUAUUAGAGG